CGUAUAUAUAGCAGCUUUGUGAGCAGACCUUCAAACGAAACUGUCGUUUCCGGCUGCCUCGCUUCUCUUGUUUUCACCGUUGAGACCUUUACCUUUUUGGUCGUAUUCCGCCAUGGAUUCACCGCCGACGGGGGAAACGGAGGUCAUUCAUCGCUCACAAGAGAAUAACGGAAAUGGAAGUCCGGAGACGAAACGUGACUGGAGUUUGAAAUCCGAGCGGAAACUUGAAAAUAUUGCUGAAAAUGAGGGAAUAGUUCGGCCUCAUUCGUUGCUUCCGAAGCCGGAGGCACCGCCGGGGGUUUUGGAACGCUCGCGAUCGUCACCGGAGACGGUUGAGACUGCGGCCGCGGUUUUGGGGAAAUUUCUUCGCGAGAAGAGCAACAGCUUAUCCUCAGCGGUAACGAGGCGUAUUUCGAUGAUUCGGAAAGAAGAAGGCGACGACGACGGCAAGGAUGUGGUGAAGGAGUUCAAUUUGGUAGGUUUGAGAGUGACAAAAACCUUGAAGGAGGAGACGAAGGAGCUGAAAGGCAGAAUAUGCUUCUUCUCUCGGUCCAACUGCCGCGACUGCGGCGCCGUCCGAUCGUUCUUCCGCGAAAGGAAUCUGAAUUGCGUUGAGAUCAACGUCGACGUUUACCCCUCGCGAAGGAAGGAAUUAAUAGAGAAGACCGGCAGCUCCACCGUUCCGCAGAUAUUCUUCAACGAGAAGCUGAUCGGCGGACUGGUGGCGCUGAACUCGCUGCGUAACAGCGGGAUGCUUGAAGCGAAAAUGGAGGAGAUCCUAGGGCGGAAGUGCCCCGACGAUGCUCCGUCGCCACCGGUUUACGGCUUUGACGAAGCGGAGGACGAAAAAUCUGAAGCGGACGAGAUGGCGGCGGUGGCGCGGGUGGUUAGGCAGAGCGUUCCAAUCCAAGACCGCAUCACAAAGAUGAAAUUCGUGAAGAAUUGCUUCUCCGGCGGCGAGCUCAUCGAAGCUCUCGUUCACCAUUUUCACUGCAGCCGUACAAAGGCCAUUGAGAUUGGGAAGCAGCUGGCAAGAAAGCAUUUUAUUCAUCAUGUAUUUGGGGAGAAUGAAUUGGAGGAUGGAAACCACUUGUACCGUUUCCUCGAACACGAGCACUUCAUACCAAAAUGCCAUAAUUUCCGAGGUGUGGUGAAUGAUUCCGAGCCCAAGGCAGCUGCAGCAGUGAGCCACAAGCUUACCUGCUUAAUGUCAGCCAUAGUCGAGUCCUACACCUCCGACGAUAGAAGACAUCUCGAUUACAUUGGAAUCAGCAACAGUGAAGAGUUUAGGAGGUAUGUAAACCUAGUGGAGGAUCUACAGAGAGUGAACCUUACCACUCUUUCCCAUGAAGACAAAUUGGCAUUCUUUUUGAAUUUGCACAACGCCAUGGCGAUGCAUGCUGCCAUCCGGAUUGGUCACCCUGGCAGUAUGAUCGACCGGAGACCAUUCUUUUCUGAGUUUAUGUAUGUGGUUGGAGGCUACCCCUACUCUUUAAGCUCUAUCAGGAAUGGUAUUCUGAGGAACAACCGGCGACCUCCAUUCUCACUCGUAAAGCCAUUUGGCAGCGGUGACAAGCGCCUUGAGUUGGCGUUUCCAAAAGUUAAUCCGUUGAUUCAUUUUGGGACAUGGAAUGCAACAAUAGGAAGCCCCUCGAUCAGAUUCUUCACUCCCCAAGGCGUCGAAUCUGAACUUAAAAACGCCGCGAGGGAAUACUUCGGGAGGGAUGAUGGAAUGCAGGUAGACCUUUCCAGCAGGACAGUCUACCUUCCUCGAAUAAUCAACUGGUACACCGCAGAUUUCGGGCAAGAAAAGGAAAUCCUAAAGUGGAUCCUAAACUACUUGGAUGCAAGUAAGGCAGGUCUCCUAACACAUCUCCUGAGUGAUGGAAGUUCGAUCAAAAUAGCUUACCAGAGUUACAACUGGUCCCUGGAUUCUUGAGGAUCACAUUGCUCAGAAAUUCAGCAUCCUUCAAUAUCUGCUGGUUGGUAGAGCAGUGUACAUCCAAACUCCAAAGGGUUUCUCUCUCUACAAAGGUUGUGCAGGUACAAGUUAUGCUGUCACAGUAGAGAGAGAGAGACUAGAUAAUAGCAUUUCUUCUUAACCUGAAGAGAGCUGUUGCUUGAUGAAGAGAUUGUGUGGCAUAGGAAUAUCUGUGAAACUAUUUUGACUAUUACUAUUUAUUUGUGAAGAGUGAGAAAGUAAUAGUUCCAUGCAUAAAGAGAAGAGUGUUUUAAAGGAAAAGAUAAAGAGUAAGAUUGCUACUUGUAACUAAGAAAGCUGAACUUUUGUGUCA